AUGCACCAACAGAGUAACGGAGUAAUGGAGAGAAUUAAUUUGGUGUUGUGUCCGGAGAAAGAGAAAGAGAGCAAGUCAGCUGUCCGUUGGAUCUAUCAGGCAAUGCGGUCCCUGAGCGCUGGUCAACGUGGUGCCCGAUGAGAUCAGAAAUCAGUGUGAACGCCGUUAUCCGAUCGGGCCCGGAUGGGCCUAAAGUCUAGGCCCAGACAUUACUUCCCCCCCCAACACAAAGGUCGUCCAUCUCAUCUCAUUUCUCCCCUUUCUGUCUAUCUUUGUCACGUAGACAGUAGAAAGUGAACUUUCUGAAAAUAGAAAGUUCCAGAAAUGAUACUUCUCUUCCUCUCUGUCACCUUGUUGAAUCAAACACACUCUCUCUCUCUCUCUCGCAUCCAAAUAACAAUUUCAAUGUGUGCGUGUCCUACCAACAACGAUCGAAUCUGGUUGACAGGACCCUCUCUCUCUCUCUCUUCUUCUCGCUUCGUUUCGUUUCUACGUGUCACUUCGCAUUUUGCAUGGUCAUGCGCGGCCAAAGUAACUAACUAACCAACUAACUGUCAACAGUGGGCAGUUCAGUUUCCAUGAAUUCUCACAUCCCAAUAUUGUCCAUUCAAGACGAUGUUGUAUGUUGGCUGUUUGUAGAGGUAUCAGAAAGUGUUCAACUGAUAACAUGUGCAAAAUGUUUUGAAGAACAAUUUAUCGGUUGACAACUUUUUGAUAUCUCUUCAGACAGAUGAGAUACGUUGAAUUGAACAGUCGAUACCCGAUUUACUUUCUUUUUUUCACUUGUUUCCUCCCGCUCUUCCCAAUUCAAGUCCAUGUUUCAGAGCUGAACAUGCCCGAUCACCACUCGGUCGACAUCGAAAGCAUUCCGAUCACGACGCCGCCGCCGUACAUGGACCCGGCGAACGCGCAGGCCAAGAAGAAGAUGUCGCGAAUCAGAAAAGAGUCGCUGUCGCAUCAGAAGGCGUGCGAACACUGCGGAGCUCCGCCUGAGGCCCAAGCCGUCAACCGACCGCACGAACAAGGUGGGUUCCCGAUGAAACGUACAAAACGUACAAAACGCUUUUGCAGUGCUCGUCUGGCCGGCGGUCCGUCCGCGCAACCACAUCCAUCAGGACUCGCGUCAGUUCAUCGGCUACGUCCUCGUCAUCGCCGUCGUCAUCUUCCUUCUGUUCGCCGCGUGCAAGUACCUGCCCUAA